CUUCGUUGUUCUGCAACUACAGGCAAUAAUCAUCUCCCUUUCUUUCUCUCCUGUUUCCUACAGAACAAAAUAGAAAUUUCUCGUGUUCCGCCUCCUUCUCGCACACUGCGCUUCCCCUCCAAUUUCACACUCCAAAAUCCGAAUUCAAUAUCUCGUUCAUCUGUUGAUUUUUUCUCCCUGAAUCUCGAGCGAAAAGGAAAUGGAGCAGUUUCAGAAUCACGAGCUGGAAUACGUGGUUGACGAGUACUACGACAUCAGUGAUGUUGAGGACGACGACGUUUCACCGCGGAGCGGAAACGGUUCCGUUGAUGAUGACUCUGUGAACUCCGACUUUGAUGAUGACUUUGAAGUGAGCAAGCCGAAAACCGAUACGUCGGCUUUAGAAGCCAGGAAUGGCAAGGAUAUACAGGGUAUUCCAUGGGAGAGACUUAAUUUCACAAGAGAGAAGUAUCGUGAAUCCCGAUUGAAGCAAUACAAGAAUUAUGAGAAUCUCUCUAGCUCUCGUGAAGAUCUUGAGAAGGAAUGCAAAGAAGUGGAGAAGGGCCACAACUUCUACGAUUUUCAGUUCAAUACCAGGCUUGUCAAAUCAACGAUUGUGCAUUUUCAGAUCGUUAACACAUGCCAAGAGUCGCAUGAAUUAUUAUUUAGCAAGGUCUGUUUUUGGAAGAUACAAAGUUCAAUGUUUCAGACUAUCAAAACUACUGGGUUGUUUGGAGUAUGACAAUGAAAGCGUUGUGCUGAGGAAUCUUCUAUGGGCGACCUCGAAACAUGAUGUAUACCUGAUGCAAAACUACUCUGUGAUGCAUUGGUCCUCACUGCUUAGGAGGGGCAAAGAAGUACUCAAUGUGGCUAAACCUAUCAUACCUACCCUGAAAUAUCCAGGGUGUUCAGCUGAGCCUCUUUCAAGGGUUCAGAUAAGCACUAUGAGUGUGAAGGACAAUCUCAUGGUGGCUGGUGGUUUUCAAGGAGAGCUUAUCUGCAAGUCUCUAAACCAAACUGGAGUUGCCUUCUGCACAAAAGUAACCACAGAUGAAAAUGCUAUUACUAAUGCAGUGGACAUAUAUCGUAAUCCUAGUGGUGCAACGAGGGUUAUGGCAGCAAACAACGAUGCUCAAGUCAGGGUUCUGGAUGCAGCAAAUUUCGCUUGCAUAAACCGUUUCACAUUCCCGUGGUCUGUUAAUAAUACAUCAGUAAGUCCUGACGGCAAAAUGGUAGCAAUUCUGGGGGACAGUGCAGAGUGUUUACUCGCAGACGCACAGUCAGGAAAAGUUAUGAGCAAUCUAAAGGGACACCUAGACUACUCAUUUGCAUCUGCUUGGCACCCAGAUGGCAGGAUUCUAGCCACAGGGAACCAAGACACAACGUGCAGAUUGUGGGAUAUAAGAAAACCAUCGGAAUCAAUAGCUGUACUCAAGGGAAGGAUGGGUGCAAUCAGGACCAUCAGAUUCACAUCGGACGGCCGAUUCUUGGCCAUGGCUGAACCCGCUGAUUUCGUUCACGUGUUCGAUGCAAAAUCUGAUUAUGCUGUUGGUCAAGAGAUUGAUCUGUUUGGGGAAAUUGCUGGAAUCUCGUUCAGCCCCGAUACUGAAGCGUUGUUUGUCGGAGUUUCGGACAGGACUUACGGGAGCUUGUUGGAGUUUAAUCGGAGACGUUAUGACCACUAUCUUGAGUGUCUGUUUUAGAUUCUCUGCAGUUGCAUGUUUUUUGUGUGUGUGUAUGUAUUGCUGUUGGACUUGUUUAUGGUUGAAAUAGAGAGGGAUGUUUCUUUCUGAAGCAGAUCCUUUUAUAUCAGUGUUGCAUGCGGCUGCUUUUUUGAAGCUGUUUUUUUUUUUAGUUAAAACCAAAAAAAAAAGAGAAAAUUUUGCAGAUGUAAAUGUGGUUGUUUUUGUAAAUUAAUUAAAACAGUUGGUAAAUUUGUUUAUGUCACG